GGCAAGAGCAGCAUUGCGCCAAGCACCAGCUCCCGGGCGCUGCAUCUUCCCAAACAAGGGGGCCAGCGAUGUGACGCCUUGUGAUUACACCAAACACUCGCUGUGUGUGUGCGUGUGUUUGUGAUACACCGGGAAGACCCAUACACACACACAUAGAGGCGGGGAUCCGCCGGAGAGGGGACCGAUGCGACUGCGAGAGGCUGCAGACUGCAUCUGCCUGGGCGGCCGGUGCCAUGCAGACUGUGCUGCCUCCCACUCUGCCCUUGAGCCGGCGUCACCAUGAAAAAGCAUUCGGCCAGGGUGGCCCCCCUCACCGCCUGUAACAGCCCGGUGCUGACCCUCACCAAGGUGAAAGGAGACGAGAGGCCGGAGGAGGGGAGUGGGGCGGGGGCAGGGGCCGGCUCGGUGCGGACGGAGGCAGAGAGUCGGCAAGAGGCUGCAGCAGGAGAAGGAGGAGAAGGAGAAGGUGACGGUGGCGGUGGGCGGCGCUGGUGGAGGGCGGGACCCCGGUGCUGCGGCCGUCGCCGGCUCUCCGUGGAGCGCCUGAAGGAGGCGCUGUGGGGCUCGGCGGUGGUGCUGAGCGUGUGCUCGUCCUGGGCCGGCACCAGCCAGCUGGCCAAGGUCACCUUCCGCACCUUCGAUGCUCCCUUCGCCAUCACCUGGUUUGCCGCUACCUGGAACCUUCUCUUCUUCCCUCUCUACUACCUGGGCUACGCCUGGAGCUCCGACGAGAAGCAGAACCCACUGCAGCAGUUCAGGGAAUGCUGCAGGUUUUACGGGGACGACGGAUUAACAAUCAAGAUAUUCUUCACCCGAACGGCCCCUUUCUGCGUCCUGUGGACCUUAACCAACUACCUGUACCUGUUGGCCCUGAAGAAGAUUAGUGCCACCGAUGCCUCUGCUCUCUUCUGCUGCAACAAGGCCUUUGUCUUUCUGCUCUCCUGGAUAGUUCUACGGGACAAGUUCAUGGGUGUGAGGAUCGUGGCUGCCAUCUUCGCCAUUGCCGGCAUCGUGAUGAUCACCUACGCCGACGGCUUCCACAGCCACUCGGUAAUCGGCAUCGCCCUGGUGGUGGCCUCGGCAUCCAUGUCCGCUCUCUACAAGGUCCUGUUUAAGAUGCUGCUGGGCAGUGCCAAGUACGGUGAAGCCGCCUUAUUCCUGACUGUGCUCGGCCUCUUCAACGUCACCUUCAUCAUCUGUGUGCCUACGGCCCUCUACUUCACCGGCAUCGAGCACUGGACAUCCUUCAGCCUCAUCCCCUGGGAGAAGCUGUGCGGGAUAGCCAUCCUGCUGCUCUCAUUCACCAUCCUGAUGAAUUUCGGGAUUGCCGUCACCUCUCCGACGUUGAUAUCAGUGGGAGUGGUCCUCAGUGUCCCCGUGAAUGCCGUUGCGGACGCCUACUCCACCGACAUCAUCUUCAACGGGGUGCGUGUGAUUGCGGUGCUGAUCAUCUGCCUGGGUUUCCUGCUGCUGCUGCUCCCCCAGGAGUGGGACAAGAUGGCGGUGAGGCUGGUCAGCCGCUUCCGUGUCAGCAAGCGGGAGGAGGUGGUGGAGGAGGCGGCCGCGGGGGCAGACGGAGGCUUCGCGGGACAGAGCCGGCGGAGCAAGGCCUCACGGACAUCCACCGCCACGCUGGCCCACUCCUUCUAGCCCAGCGGCGGCGGCACGGAGCCCCGCGUCCCGCACUACAGCUACAAUCAACAGCUGCACGGUGAAAGGCAGGCAGGCAGGCAGGCGGGCACGAAGAGCUCAUGUUGCAUAUGGGUGCCUACUUCGUGCCAUGACCUUCAAAGACACGUGGUCUGGUAAGAUGGUGUGUCCUGGUGCCCUCCACACUAGACAGCCACAGACAAUGGUGUUUCAUUGGCUACGGAUGGGGCUGGGGUUGGUGGUGGGAGAGUGAUGGUGGCCUCAAGAGAUGUUGGAGGCAGGUAGCGGUGAGAGGGAUGUGUGGUCUCCCAUUUAGCUGCCAUCGUCCCCAGACUCCUGGCUUGUCCGGGUGUAGUGUUGAUCGGAUAUUGACUGUGUACUCACCUCUUGCCAUGUGAGCUUGGGACAGAGUGGGCAUCGACCCAACCAUCUCAUCCUGCUGAUGGGCAUGGGAUAGAGUGGGCAUCGAUCCAACCAUCUCAUC